ACGCAUGUUCGUAGGCUACUUUAACAAAGAUGGAGGAGCGAAGUAUCUGUCCUCUGCCGAUGGCAAAGGCAGAUACUGAAAAUUACAUUAAUAGUAUUCCUAAAAUAUCUUCUGUUUCAGAUGCUGACACAGUAAUAAACACUUAUAAUACCAAUAGUUCCCAGCUCAAAGGAGACCUUAGGGAAGACCAGACACUGAAGGGACUGCUGACUGACGAUCACUGCCAUGUGUGUGAUGCCGUACUGCUGUUUGAGUCUCAGAGGGUUUCGCACUACGAGGGAAAGAAGCAUGCUCAGAAGCUGAGACUUUACCUGCAAGCAAAGAAAGAUGAGAAGCGGAAUAAAGACUCCAGCGGUUCUCAGAGGUGCAUUACGAUGGACAAGAAGCGCUUCUGUGAGCUGUGCAACAUGGUAUUCAGCUCGCCUGUGGUAGCAAGCUCACACUACAAAGGGAAGGUCCAUGCCAAGAACCUGCGCAAACAGGGCUUCAACCCCUCCGCCAAUCCAACAGGUGCCUCAAAUCAAAAUGUAGCCCAGACCAGCCUACCCCUUCCCACUCAAGCUCCUAGCACGGCGGGCCCCCAAAUGUCUGAGGAGGGGAAUGAGGACUCAGACACGGACCCCUACGCCCCUGCAGAUGUGGACCUCAGUGACCCCAACAAACACUGUCGCCUGUGCGCCGCCUCCUUCAACAACCCCCACAUGGCAUUGCAGCACUACAAUGGGCGCAAGCACCAGAGGAACCACUCUCGCCAGCAGUUGCUCCAAGACCUGGGAAAUGACCGCGUGCAGGAAAACAGCUUGACAUGUCUGAUAUGCAGCAUCGAGCUGAACUCUGUGGAAAUGUACCAGGCACACAUGCAAGGAAAUAAGCAUCAGAUCAGAUACACUCCAGGCUGUUUCUGUUCCUGCCCGAACAGAGAGAAGAAGGUUCUCGACCUGUGCAAGUCUCAAAGAAAAGCGUACAGCUCGUUUACCGAUGAGUUAGCUGACUAUGUCCAGGUCCAAAAGGCUCGUGGGCUCGCCCCCAAGACCAAUGUGGGCUCCACCAGAGGAAAGGGACAAACCCAAGGAGAGGAGCAGGAGAAGGAGGAAGACGGGGGAGGAAGAGGGAACAGCACCCAGAGCGAAGGCCCAGAACCCAGUGCCAAAACCCCAUACCGUCCUCUCUCUUUACAUCCUUUAUGUCCCCCACACCUCGCUGCUUUUUAUCCCCCUACAGGCUGGCGUCCACAUUAUCAGGUUGUGCCUACUGACCGGAACACCCACGGUUGGGGCCCCACCUUCCCUCACCUCCCCCCUCAGCCCCUGGUCCCAGGCUUGACUUCGUCGAGAUUGCAUGGCCAUCCAUCAGCCCGGAAGAGGGCCAGGGAGCAUUCAAGCUCCUCCUCUUCUUACACAAGCUCGUCCCCCUCUUCGUAUACCAGUAGCAGUAGCGACAGCAGCACCAGCGACAGCAACAGUAGCGAGCACGGGGAGAGAAGGAGGCGGAGGGGGAAGAGCAGGAAGGAGAGAAGACGGAGGCUGAGAGACGAGGAGGAGGAGAGGAGGAGGAAAAAGCGGGAGAUGCAGAUAAGAGACGACUCCGAAGGAAGGAAAGGGAGAGGGAAUGAAGCAGAGGGGGGAAGGGGAAGGGAGAAUAGAAAAAGACAGAGCAAAAGUUGUAGACAUGGAGAUGGACAGUCAGUAAAAAGAAGACGUGAGGACAGCAGAGAGGGAAAUGGGGGAGGGAAUGUCAAAAAGCAAGAUAUUGUGGAAGAGAAUGUCGGAUCUGCAGAACAGACCUUGGUCCACGUGCAGUCAGAGACAAAGGAGAGUUCGGAAGAGAGGGAGCAUAAUAAACCCAAGCAUAGGAAAGACAAAAGGAAAAUGAAGGAGAAAGUGGACACCAGGACAGAAGAGGAAAAGCUAUGGGACGAGUCUAUCCUAGGCUUGUAAAGCAAAGCAGCUUUACUGUUCCCUUCACAUUAACACUUGUGUAACAUUGUUAUGACAUGAGGAUGUUGUUAGUGAGCGACCCGACUAGCUGCAGUAUAUAUAGAUACUGUACACUAUCAACACAAAGCCUGUUUAGUGUAUGCUAGAAGGCCAGCCACGUGCUUUGUCAAAAUUUAAAAGAAAUUGAUGUUAUGAAACACGAAUGGUUCACCUUUGUCUAUGAUGGCAAAGAACCUUUGACUUUAGUAAGGUCAUGUUUGUUUAGUUUUCAGUUAAUAUUAAGCCAAUGUUAGCUUUUGUUUCCCAAAAACAGCCUCUGUAUUGUAUUUUUACAGUAUGACUAUUUUCAAGAUGAAACCGUUUUGACAGACCUCACAACAUACAAAUACACCAUCACAAUACAAAUCUUCUUUUCAGAGAGAGAUUCAGUAAGCGGUAUUCAAUCAUGCAUAGAUUCAAUGUUCUGUUGGCCCGAUUUCCACAAUGUAGUACCUUCUUUUCCAUACAUUUUAUUUGACCUGUUUCAGGUACACCACAACAGCAGCCUCGGAAACAAAGGUCCCUUAUUUAUUUCGUUUUCAGCUAACAAGCCCUGGGUCUUACUUUCAAAUACUUAUUUUAUGUUCAGUCUACCCAAUGAAACCAGUCAAAUUCUGCAAAUGUACACUGCAUAAAAUACAAGCCCCCUAAGUACUCUAUUGUAUGAGUGAUAGGGACGGGGUAGAGACAUUGAUAAUACUUUUUGACAAUCUGUCACCAUGAAGUUAUAUUUACCUGAGAAAUAAUAGGUGUGUACAUUUAUAUCUCUUCUGUGUUUGUUCAAAAUGUCAAUGUAUGGUUUGCUAUCUUGCUAUC